AGUUCUCCUCCGCGGCUGGGAUGCGACCCGAGAAAGGCCCGCCCGCGAUAAGCUUCACGCUCGACCCUCAACCCCGCUCCGACCAACCGUGCACUCUGCGACCGAGCCAUGCCCUCCUCAUUCAAGCCCGACGAGUCGGAGCCGGUGUUGGCGACACUGGAAUCCACGCCUACUUCACCGGAUCCCAAUGCUGCGGCAGCAUCAUACCGCCACAAGGCAGAUCUGCUCAACCGCGCCAUCCAAGACAUUGGGAUGGGGAAGUAUCAAUGGCAGCUGUUCGGCGUCAUCGGAUUCGGCUGGGCCAGCGACAACCUGUGGCCCAUCGUCACCUCUCUUAUCCUCGUUCCCGUGUCCUAUGAAUUCCACGUGGCUCAACCCCCGCUGCUCUCUUUAGCCCAGAACAUUGGCCUGCUUGCCGGUUCUCUAUUCUGGGGCUUCACCUGCGACUUAUUCGGUCGUCGAUGGGCCUUCAACCUCACCAUUGCCAUAACCGCCGUCUUUGGCCUGGUCGCGGCCGGCUCGCCGUCCUUUGCCGUCGUGGGCGUCUUUGCUGCUCUUUGGUCCUUUGGUGUGGGAGGCAACCUUCCAGUCGACUCGGCCAUCUUCCUCGAAUUUCUCCCCGGAUCUCACCAGUACCUUCUGACCGUGCUGUCCAUCAAUUGGGCUCUAGCACAGGUGCUCGCAAACCUGGUCGCAUGGCCUCUCAUCGGCGAAAUGACCUGUUCAUCGGCAGAGAAUUGCAGCAGGUCCACCAACAUGGGUUGGAGGUACUUUCUUAUCACGAUGGGUGGUCUGGCGCUCUUCAUGUGUCUAGCGCGCUGGGUCUUUUUCACCCUGUUCGAGUCUCCCAAGUUCCUCAUGGGCAAAGGUCGAUACGAAGAGUCCGUCUCAGUCAUCCAUGAAGUCGCACGCCGUAACGGAACCACAUCCUCGCUAUGUAUAGACGACUUACUCGACGAGUGUACCACCUCUGGCACUGGCACAACCGCAACCUCAACACCAACAGUACCGACUCCUCGUCAUGGGCUGAGCGCAGCCGAUCAGCUCCGAAUGCGUCUCGAGCCACUCACGGCGCCCUAUGUCCGCGCACUGUUCAGCACCCCCCGUCGCGCUUGGACGACGAGUCUCAUGAUUUUCAUCUGGGCCUUGAUCGGGUUGGGCUUUCCUCUUUACAAUAACUUUCUUCCCUAUCUCCAACAAACCAGGGGAAUCCAAUUCGGCGAUGGCUCCACGUACAUCACCUACCGGAACUCCUUGAUCAUAGCCGCAGUCGGGGUCCCGGGGAGUCUUGUCGGCGGUGUGAUGGUCGAGAUGCCUCGUUUCGGACGCAAGGGAACGCUGUCCCUCGCCACAUUAUUAACCGGCGCCUUCCUGCUUGCAUCCACAUCAGCGACAACGUCCGCAGCCCUCUUGGGGUGGAAUUGUGCCUACAGCUUCACAAGCAGUCUGCUGUAUGCAGUGUUGUAUGCAUACACACCGGAGAUCUUCGAGACACAGCACCGAGGGACGGGGAAUGCAUUGGUGGGGGGUGCGAAUCGCAUCGGAGGCAUCCUCGCGCCGAUUAUCGCGAUGGUUGCCAACGUGCAGACCUCGGUUCCGGUAUACAUCAGCGGGGGCAUGUUUCUGCUUGCUGGACUGUUGGUGCUUCUGAUUCCAUACGAGACAAGGGGCAAGAUGAGCUUGUAGUACCGGAUGGUACAAAUGCCGGGAUGGUCACAUACCUCAGGGAUGAUGGAUUAUGUUGUGUCCGUACGACAUGUUGAUUGUACACGGCAGACAUACUUGUGGGUGGCCGGGGAGGAUGCUACCAGCCAUAAGUAGCGGAGAGGAACAGAGGCAGCGGAGAAGAAGGCAGCAAGCAAGCAAGCAUACGCUUUGUACGCCGCGUAGAUUACUUAGACUCUUUAGCCCCC